ACGUUGCCGCCGCCUGCCCUGCUGCUGUCUGGUUGUCAGCAGCCCUACGGUCAGCAGAGCUACAGUCAUGGCCGUCCUCAGCAAAAUACCGCACAACUGCUACGAGAUCGGCCAUACCUGGGACCCGUCGUGCGUGCAGUCUGCUGUGGAUGUAGCCAGGGGUGCUCUGGAGGUCUCCUUCAAAAUAUACGCCCCUCUUUACCUGAUAGCAGCAGUUCUAAGGAGAAGGAAGAAGGAUUACUAUUUGAAAAGGCUUCUGCCAGAGAUCCUGUGGUCUACCUCUUUCCUCACUGCCAAUGGCGGUCUCUACAUUGUUUUCUUCUGCAUCCUCAGGAAACUGUUGGGAGGGUUCUACUCCUGGUCCGCCGGGUUCGGCUCGGCGCUGCCAGCCUCCUAUAUUGCCAUCCUCCUGGAGCGCAAGAGCAGGAGAGGGCUUCUGACAAUAUACAUGACAAAUCUUGCCACUGAGACUUUGUUCCGCAUGGCAGUGACACGAGGCAUCGUCAAACCCAUCAAACAUGGCGAGGUGCUCUUGUUCUGCAUAACUGCAUCGCUCUUCAUGUUCUUCUUCAGGAGUAAAGACGGUCUCAAAGGCUUUGCAUUCUCUGCAUUAAAGUUCAUGAUUGGGAAAGAAGAGAUUCCAACUCACUCUGUCGUGGGAGAACAGAUCUGCACAAUGCCUCACGAGAGGACAGCUGCUGUAGAGGCCGAGGAUUCACAGGGGCCAAGAGAGAGUCCCGACUCCAGGAGAAAAGCUCUGGUAGCCCGCACCAGGGAACUGAUAGAAUCAAUAUGCAAAAAGGGUCCAAGACACAGAUGUUGUAAACAUUACCAAGACAACUGCAUUUCCUACUGUUUGAAAGGUUUUGUCAGGAUGUUCAGUGUUGGAUACCUGAUUCAGUGUUGUCUUAAAGUGCCUUCAGCAUUCAGAUACAUGUUUACUAAACCUUCACGGCUCCCAUCCCUCUUCUACAACAAAGAAAACUUCCAGCUAGGGGCCUUUCUAGGAUCUUUCGUCAGUAUCUAUAAGGGGACAAGCUGUUUGCUGCGCUGGCUGCGCAACAUUGAUGAUGAACUCCAUGCACUGAUUGCUGGCUUCCUGGCUGGUAUGUCGAUGUUCUUCUACAAAAGCACAUCAAUAUCCAUGUAUCUCUUCUCAAAGCUGGUGGAGACCAUGUACUUCAAGGGCAUUGAGUCUGGACGGUUCCCUUACUUUCCUCAUGCAGACACAGUCCUGUAUGCCAUCUCCACUGCUAUCUGUUUCCAAGCUGCUGUGAUGGAAGUGCAGAACCUCAGACCUACAUACUGGAAGUUCCUGCUGCGUUUAACGAAGGGCAGAUUCGCUCUGAUGAACCGACAGUUGCUUGAUGUGUUUGGGACUCAAGCCUCCCGGGACUUUGGAGGCUUUGCUCCCAAACUGGACCCUCGUUUCACCAGCAUGCUUCCACCAGGAGCCGACAUCCAGCUGGGUUGAGUCGGGACCAGUCUGUGAGAGGGGCCUUUUCAGGGUUACCUCAACAGGAAAUGGACAGGUUGUCUGUUAUUUUUGAGUAACCUAAGGAUCUCUUUCUGAAGGGGUUAUUACAACUCAGAAGAAGUGAUGUGGUGUUAUGAGAUGCGAUAUGCUUUGGAGGAUUUUAGGCCUAAGCAGGGCAUCAUGAGUUUCAAGUGUGGUGCUGCACAAGAACACAUACACUGACUAGGCUUGUAUAAAAAACAGGUAACUGGUAAAGUAUUUAUUAUUAAUGACUAAUUAUUGUUUAUACUUAUUAUUAUAUUCAGUCCUAAUGAAACAGAACAAAAUAGAUACUAAUGAUACAUGUUUUAAAUUUUGGCAGAUUUCUCAUUAUGCAUUUGGCAGGGUGACAUUACAUGUUCUGUAAGAUAUGGAUGGUAGUAUGAAGGUAGAUAUUACCUAUUGUUAUUCGAGUGGUUACCCUAACAACAGGGCGAGACUCACUAAUCUUUUUGAAUGAGGAACUGUGAUACCUGAUUUUGACAGUGAUUUAAUAGGAGAAAGACUUUGGGCUCAUUACUUGAUCAUUUCUGAAUGUGUACUGUUUCAAUUGGUGUAAGUGAUGAUGUAUGUAAUUAUGUAGCCUGAUUGAAUAUUUUAUUCAAUAGUAGACAAUGGGAGAGGUAAUUACAUUGCGGUCUAUGAUGUGAAACACAGGGAUGGAGUCACCAUUUCUAACAAGUAACUCAAAUUGAUUUUGGUUUUGUUGAUUUUUUUAAAUGCAAGUUUUACCAAACCUUA